CCGAAGCCUCAGUCUGAGCUUCUAGUACCACCCCCUCUCCUGUUCCAAGUAAACAAUACGGAAGUUACCCAGAACUCUGCCUAUCAACAAGAAAGACGACAGAAAGGGUGAAGUCUUCCUCAACGAGACAUAAGCGAUGAUGGGGCCACUCAGCAAGGCGGACUGAGGGGGAUCUGCCUAGAUGUUUUUCCAUUCUAGUUUCCUUUCUUUUCACAAUUUUUGCUCUUUCAAGAGCACCCGCAUUUCAGAGGAGCAGCAUCAUUUCAGAGGAGCACCAUCAUCAGAAUGACUGUCUCUUUCAACCUUUGUGUCAUCAACAUUUUGUUUGUAACUGCCUACAGCAGCCUGGAGCUGGUCUCCAGUACUGCUCAUUGUGGACGAUCUCCCCAAGUCCUGGAGGCUGCGAGAGGAGAGAUCAGAAGCUUUGUGCACCACAGCUCGUCCUACCGCCCUCGGCCCUUCUACUGUAGUUGGAUUAUCAAGGCACAUGUAGGAGAGCCUGUUAUUCUCAGUUUCUCCCAGUUUUCCACACGGUGUAAGAAGGAAUGGGUCUCGGUGACGUCAUCGACUGGCAAGCCCAUUACCCUCUGUGGUUCCGACCUGCCAAAACCCAUGGAGUUGGUGGGGGGAAACAUUACAGUGACGCACCACUUCCUGACACACUUAACCCCUGUGUCUGCGUUCCGCCUGGGCUAUGUCAGAGACUCCGGUGAUUGUACGGGGGUGGACUUUGAGUGUUUGGACGGGCGCUGCCUGCCCCUGUCGUGGCGUUGUAACGGCCGGGUGGAGUGCCUGGGUGAAGGGGUGGGCCUGGGCAUAGACGAGCAGGACUGUGAUGGAGAGAUGAAGAUCCUGAACCUGGAUCCUGAACAUGGCAAAACAGUGGUGGGCACCACCACACCAGAGUCCUACAAGGCGCGGGAGGCAGGAAGAGAGAAGAACAGAGGGAGUAACAGCAGAGGGAGGGAUUGGGAAACAGUAGGGAAGGCACCGGGCGAGCUGGAGAAAGAGGAGGAGGAGACAGAGAAGCAAGUAGACGAGGAUGGGGACCACACCAAGGAAAAGGAGCCAGCCAAUCCUAUAUAUGACUUCUGGCAUUUCCAGUCUCAUGGACUCCCCAGCCACCAGCCUCACAGAGCCCACCCCAGUGUGACCCGGACCCCCGUUGAGUGGCCCUGCGGGGGCCUCCUCCAGACCUUCUAUGGGACGUUCGCCCCUCCUUCCAUCAGGGGCCCCUCUCUGUUCUGUGUGUGGACCCUGGACCCCCAGGACUCUAGGCCUCUGAAGCUGGACCUGCGGCUGCUGGAGCUGGGGCCUGGAGACACGGUCACCAUCACUGACAGACAACAUGGCAUCGGGGAACUCCUCAAAACUAUCACCAGCGCGUCCAAUUACAAGGCCAUCCACGUCGAGUCCCGGACCGGCCUCCUCUCCCUGACCUAUCGUACGCUCCCCGGCUCUGAGGGGCUGGGCUUCAACGCCACCUACCGUGUCGGGGGCUACUGCCCCCCCUGGGAAGGUAAAUGUGGGGGUGCCGCAGGGGGGUGUUACACCCAGGAACAAAAGUGUGACGGGCACUGGGACUGUCCCGAGACGGGACAUGACGAAGCAGGGUGCAGGGGCUGUCCCCGGGACCAGUUUGCCUGUGGAGCGGCUGGGCAGAGGGCGCUGCUGGCGGGGCAUAGCUUCCUAGGGCAUCCGGUGUGUUUCCCUGCCAAGGAGAGGUGUAACUACCAGCUGUACUGUUCUGAUGGGAGCGAUGAGAGAGACUGUUCUAUAUGUCAACCUGGGACCUUCCACUGCGACAGUGACAGGUGUGUUUUUGAGAGCUGGCGCUGUGACGGCCAGCUGGACUGUAAGGACGGGACAGACGAGCUGAACUGCACCGUGACCCUGCCUCCCAAGGUCAUCAUCUGCGGGGGCCUCCUCCAGACCUUCUAUGGGACGUUCGCCCCUCCUUCCAUCAGGGGCCCCCCUCUGUUCUGUGUGUGGACCCUGGACCCCCAGGACUCUAGGCCUCUGAAGCUGGACCUGCGGCUGCUGGAGCUGGGGCCUGGAGACACGGUCACCGUCACUGACAGACAGCAGGGCACCGGGGAACUUAUCAAAACUAUCACUAAUGCGUCCAAUUACAAGGCAAUCCAGGUCGAGUCCCGGACCGGCCUCCUCUCCCUGACCUAUCGUACGCUCCCCGGCUCUGAGGGGCUGGGCUUCAACGCCACCUACCGUGUCGGGGGCUACUGUCCUCCCUGGGAAGGUAAAUGUGGGGGUGCCGCAGGCGGCUGCUACACCCAGGAACAAAAGUGUGACGGGCACUGGGACUGUCCCGAGACGGGACAUGACGAAGCAGGGUGCAGGGGGUGUCCCCGGGACCAGUUUGCCUGUGGAGCGGCUGGGCAGAGGGUGCUGCUGGUGGGGCAUAGCUUCCUAGGGCAUCCGGUGUGUUUCCCUGCCAAGGAGAGGUGUAACUACCAGCUGUACUGUUCUGAUGGGAGCGAUGAGAGAGACUGUUCUAUAUGUCAACCUGGGACCUUCCACUGCGACAGUGACAGGUGUGUGUUUGAGAGCUGGCGCUGUGACGGCCAGGUGGACUGCAAGGACGGGACAGAUGAGCUGAACUGUUCCGUGACCCUGCCUCGGAAGGUCAUCACCGCGGCAACCGUUGGCAGCCUGGUCUGUGGGCUGUUGCUGGUCAUCGCUAUGGGCUGCACCUGCAAGCUUUACUCACUGCGCACCCGAGAAUACAGUAUGUUUGCUCCAAUCAGCCGCCAAGAGGCGGCGCUGAUCCAGCAGCAGGCUCCUCCCUCCUACGGUCAGCUGAUUGCCCAGGGCAUCAUCCCUCCAGUGGAGGACUUCCCCACAGAGAACCCCAACGAGUCUUCCUCUCUUACUCUGAGAGGUAUCCUCCAGCUCCUCAGACAGGACACCGCCAACUCUCCACGUCGCCGUCGCCGUCCCCGAUUCGUCCGCCGGGCUGUCCGUCGCAUGCGGAGGUGGGGCUUAAUCCCUAGAUCCGCCUCCAGGCCCUCCCAGCCUUCCAGUUCCGCCCCCCAGCAUACAGAUCCCACCUCUACUGGUGUAGAGCCCAGUCAAUCAACUCCCGCAACUUCCUCAUUGGCUGUGGAAGCCGUCAAUCUGCCGUUGCCACAGAAACUAGGCUUGCUCCCUCAGACGGUGCAGCACCCACCACCACCGCCGCCUCCCGCCUCCCUUCCUCCACCCCUUGUCUCUAUCCCAGCCACCCCCCAGAGCUUCCCCGUGGCUGCCCCUCCCACCCCCAGUAGCCCCUCCGUAGCCUCGCUCUUCCACUCUCUGGGGCGCAGUAUCUCUCGCUUCCGUGCCUCCCCGUUCUCCUCCUCCCCCACCAACUCCCUGCCCCUCUCCGAAUCCCCCUCUUUCUCCUCUUCGGAGGAUGAGGUGCUGCUUAUCCCCCUCUCGGAGGACAUGACCUCGGAGGAUGACGUCCCCCUGCUAACCCUUGACCCCUGACCUUAUCCAAACCCCACCGCCCUCCCUAAAUGAUGUGCACAGUGCUCGCGCACAGGAGCACCGCAAGGCUCUCCCCCCUCUCUGUGCUGAUGUAGUGCCUUUUGAAUUACAUUGGGUUGGUUUUGACUGACUGUAGAAAUCUAAUAUUCAAUGCUUUUAUGUUAUUGAGUGUGGGACCUCCUUGAGAAAGUGUGUACGUGUGCCUGCCUCCACGUGCGUGUAGUCAUGAAUGUGUGUAGUCUGAAAGUGGUGAACUUUGCACAGAGAAUCUUCCUCCCAAAUCCUCAUGCUCUAAUAUAUCAGCUACUGUCAAAUUAGUGAUUUUUUUGUUUCUAACACUUGAAAGAGCUUGUCUUCUGUGUGACUCGUGUGUGUGACUGUCAUGUGUGUUUUAGUAUUUAUGAGGGUGAGUAAUAGGGCGGCAGUGUAAGGGUAUGGAAGAGGUUCUAAUAUUAUAAAUUAUACCCCCCCCUCAUUUAAGUGCCUUGUUUAGAAGCUUCCUGCAUAUGAAGAAUUUGAAUGAUUACACGCACGUACUGCAUGCAUACUGUCACAAAUACGCUAUAUAUACAAAAGUAUGUGGACACCCCUUCAAAUUAGUGGACUCUGCUAUUUUAGCCACACCUGUUGCUUACCGGUGUAUAAAAUCGGGCACACAGCCAUGCAGUCUCCAGUAGAAUGGUCUUACUGAAGAGCUCAGUGACUUACAACGUGGCACUGUCAUAGGAUGCCACCUUUCCAACAAGUCAGUGCGUCAAAUUUGCCCUGCUAGAGCUGCUCCGGUCAACUGUAAGGGCUGUUAUUGUGAAGUGGAAACGUCUAGGAGCAUCAGCAGCGAAGUGGUAGGCCAUACCGAGUGUUGUAGCGUGUGAUAAUUGUUUACAACACUCACUACCGAGUUCCAAACUGCCUCUGGAAGCAAUGUCAGUCAGCACAAUAACUAUUCUUUGGGAGCUUCAUGAAAUGGGUUUCCAUGGCAGAGCAGCCAAGAGUUGGCUGGACUGGUGUAAAGCUUGCCACCAUUGGACUCUGGAGCAGUGGAAACGCGUUCUCUGGAGUGAUGAAUCACGCUUCACCAUCAGGCAGUCCGAUGGCAGAUGCCAGGAGAACGCUACCUGCCCCAAUGCAUAGUGUCAACUGUAAAGUUUGGUGGAGGAGGAAUAAUGGUCUGCGGUUGCUUUUCAUAAUUCGGGCUAGGCUCCUUAGUUCCAGUGAAGGGAAAUCUUAACGCUACAGCUUACAAUGACAUUGUAGACAAUUCUGUUCUCCCAACUUUGUGGCAAUAGUUUGGGGAAGGCCCUUUCCAAUUUCAGCAUGACAAUGAGGUCCGUACUGAAAUUGUUUGUCGAGAUUGGUGUGGAAGAACUUGACUGGCUUGCACAGUCCUGACCUCAACCCCAUCGAACACCUUUGGGAUGAAUUGGAACGCAGACUGCAAGCCAGGCCUAAUCGCCCAACAUCAGGGCCCGACCUCACUAACGCUCUCGUGGCUGAAUGGAAGCAAGUCCCCGCAUCUAGUGGAAGCAAGUUCCAACAUCUAGUGGAAAGCCGUCCCAGAAGAGUGGAUGAUGUUGUAGCAGCAAAGGGGGGACCAACUCCCAUGUUAAUACUCAUCAUUUUGGAAUGAGAUGUUCGACGAUCAGGUGUCCACAUACUUUUGGUCAUGUAGUGUGUGUGUAUAUACACAAAAAGGCACACCUACCUUCUCACAGACAGACUGUUUUUAUAUUGCUUUUAUAAUUGAUCAAUUCCAUGCGAGUUCUGCAAACUGGCAAUAAUUUUGGGGACCCUCCUGGUUAGUGUAUGUAUGGCAUAACUUGUGUGUGUAAUGUAUGCACUUAAAUGUGAUGUAUGAAUGUUUAUAAUGUAAUUCUCUAGUACACAUUGUGUCUAGACUCACAAGACAAUCUCUCUGUGCCUGAGGUUGAGUUAGACUUGUGCAGUGCACGCAGAACGACGAGACCCCCAGGGGCAACAACCUUGACUUGAAGUCUCACCCUUUUGUGAAUCGAACCCCCUCUACCACACUUUGACACAAUGAACAAAUAGCAAAUGAAGCGACUUUUCAGUGUGCCAUUUGUAUAUCAUAUUCUUUAGUUUUUUCGCUUUUGUCCUCCAGAAAUGUUCUUUCAAUUUUAUUUUCGUAUUGUUCUGUUUACCUGGUUGUACUGAAUGUAUUCAAUUAUACAUGGAGUAGUUGGAUGAUUGCAAUCUAAGAUUGUAGAGUGAUUUUUUCAAAAAUAUAUUUUUUAAUAGGGUCUUUCACUGUACAUAGGCAAAGAUAUGGACAAAUCCACAGAGAUUAAACAAUUUGCACUUUUA